AUGGGCGCCUCGUUCUCCUGUCCCGGGCUCGGCAUUGCGCCCCGACAGCCGUGGGCCGACCUCGACGUGGCGCUUCCGCCGCCCACGGACGACGACGACGUUGACGGCGCCUACUUGCUGCUCGCCACACAUCGCGGUGCGACAGGCCUCGUGCGCGAAGAGCUCGCACGCCUCGAACCUCGUCUCUCCAAGUGGCAGCAGACCCAAUUGUUCAAACUCGGCCAUGUCGAGACGGCGCCGACAACGACCGAGUGCAUCGAACAGCUCCGGGUCCUCCACUACCGACGCGAACGCGCGAUCGAGCCUGUGCGGUUGCUUCGCCUUGUGAUUAUGCGCGCGCGGCGACGGUGGGUGCGACUCUUCACACAAGAGGAGGGGCUCCAAGCGCUCCUCGCCCUUCUGGCACCCGCGCACGACACUGCACUGGUCGUGGCCGUGCUGGACCUCGUUCUUUUGCUGCUGAGUUUUGUAUCGGUGCUCGAGCACCUUGCUUCCAAGGCCCAUGGCGAGCGACUCCAAGAGCUGCUGGCGUGUCUCGGUGGGCCCUCCGAAAGCGUCAGCAUCAAAGUCCUCCAGAUCUGCCGCAUUGUAUGCGUGUAUCGUCAAGCAGGUCAUGUUGCGUUCUUUAGCGCAAUGGAGCACUGCCAUGCUGCUCGGGUGGUGGCCGACCUGUUGGAGCUUUUGGACCAUGGCGCUGACGUCGCCCAGGGAGCCGUUCUGCGCCUCCUCCAUGCGCUUCUCGAAGGCGACGAGAGUCCCCAGCUAGCGACGUUUGCGAAGCGGCUCAUCGCCCAAGACGUACCUGCCUGGCUUGCCAUGAAGGGCGAUGACACCGAACAUACCCGCGAGCUCGAUACUGUGAUUGCGUUUGAAGCCGCGCGCUGCCUCCAGCUGCUACGACGGUACACGCCGCCGCCCGACCUCCUCCAUGAUGCGAUCCAGCAGUUCCAGCUCCACGCCAAAGACCACAAGCUCGAGACCCACGCGCUCAAGGUCGUCACCGCGCUCUUGUCCGUCACGGAGCCGUCGGCGUGGGACGCACUCGUCGAGCAGGUCCACCCGGCGCCAAUCGCACCGUUAUCACCGCAUCUCUCAAAGAGCGCGCCGGCACAGCACCACCCACGCUAUGCAAAGUACUUUCGCAUGCUCGAGGUGCGUGUGCCGCGGGACCUCGUCCGCCAGCGCAUGAUCGCCGACGGCGUCGACGCGGCCCUCCUCGACGCGCCGACAACCAUCGUGUCGGACGCUUUGGGACUUGCGAGUCCACCGACGUCGCCGGCGCCGGUCAAGCCGCCGAAAGGCUUGCAUUGGCAGAAAUGGGCGUCGUCCGAUGCGAUCCGGGGCACGAUCUGGGAGGCGGCGCCGACAGGCAACAUUGACGCCGACGAAGUCCACGUCGCGUUCGAGGUGCGGGCGCCGACAUCGCCGGGGCACCAAUUGCUCUUGCAUCCGCGCCGCGCCAAGCACAUUCGAAAGCUCUUGGACACACACCACUUGACCUUGUUGCGGCCGAGCGUCGCCGACGCCCUGCUCUCGGGCAAGGUCGACGGCUUGACGUUUGAUCAAAUUUCGCACAUCCGGCACGUGCUCGCGUUGCCGACACUGGCGGAGAAGGCAGCGCUCCAGUCGUUUGACGGCAACGUCGCGCUACUGACGCACCCCGAGGGCUUUCUCCGUGAGUUGCUCGUGAUUCCCGACGUCGAGCGGCUCCUCGACUUGCUCGCGAUGGUUCUCCGAUUCGACUCGACGGUGCAGUCGUUUGAGCGCGACUGCGCGAUCGUCGCGACUGCGUGCAAGGAACUCUCCGAGUCGAACGCGCUCCACGCCGUCCUCGGGUACGUCCUCGACCUUGGCAACCACAUCAACGCCGGCACGAGCCGCGGCAACGCGGUCGCGUUCAAUUUGCUCACGGACCUCGAGAAACUCGGCCACGUCCGCCAAGCCAGCCAGAGCACCGGCACCGCGCUGCACUUUCUAGCCAGUGUGCUGCGGGCCCAAGACGCGACGCUCUUGGCGUUUGGUGCGACCUUGCCGUCGCUCGAGCUCGUCACGAGCAGCCACAUGUCGGCGAGCGAGCUCCACGCGCAGCUUCAGAGACUCCACGCGCACGUGCUGCACAUAGCAAAUACCCUCGACGCGCGCCCGCCGACGUGCUGCGUGCAAACGUUCACGCUCUUUUUAGAGUACGCUGCGACGCCGCUCAAUCGUUGCGAUGCGACGUGGGCCCAAACGAUCGACGUACUCGAGACAACGAUGCGACUGUUUCUCAACUUGCCGACGGACACGCUGCGCAUGCACGCGGGUAGCUUCUUUCGAGGCAUUCACCGCUUCACCGAGGCGUUGGCGGCGGCCGACCGCGAAAACUGCCAGCCGCUCGUCUUGCGCAAGUCGCUCUCGAUGCCAUUAACACGACCCCACUCGCCACUGCACCGUAGCCACUCGAUGGCGUCGUAA